AUGCUGAGGUUUUUGGUCUUGACAACUCUGGCAGCUCUGGUGCUGGCUGAGCUGGAGCCCCAGCCCAGGUACUUGGAGGACAGUUUGGAGAGGGUGGUGGGAGGUGAAGUGGCCCGGGAGAACUCCUGGCCCUGGCAAAUUUCCCUUCAGUACAAAUCUGGCUCCAGGUUUCACCACACAUGUGGAGGAACUCUGGUUGAAAGAGGCUGGGUCAUGACUGCCGCUCACUGCGUGGACCGCCAAAGGACAUGGCGUGUGGUUCUGGGUGAGCACGACCUGAACAGGAACAGCGGCAGAGAGCAGGUCAUGAGCGUCAGCCGCGUUUACAUCCACCCGAGAUGGAAUCCCAACAACGUGGCUGGCGGCUACGACAUCGCCAUGCUGCGUCUGUCCGGCGAGGCCUCCCUCAACUCUCAUGUGCAACUUGGCUCCCUUCCCCCCUCCGGACAGAUUCUGCCCCACAAGAACCACUGCUACAUCACCGGUUGGGGACUCACAUCCACUGGUGGAAACCUGUCCGCGCAAUUGAAGCAGGCCUUCCUUCCCCUGGUGGACCACAAGACCUGCACCAGCCCCAGCUGGUGGGGAGGCAGCAUCAAGACCACCAUGGUGUGCGCUGGUGGUUCAUCUGAGUCUGGAUGCAACGGAGACUCUGGCGGUCCACUCAACUGCCUGGUGAACGGAAAAUACUACGUACACGGCAUCGCCAGCUUCGUGUCCGGCUACGGAUGCAACGCUAUCAGGAAACCCACAGUCUUCACCCGUGUUUCCGCCUACAACGAAUGGAUGGACUCGGUGGGUGAUGAGGCUAACGUUCAAAACUGA